GUCUACUUUUUUUUUUCAUUUCAUUUUUGAUUGUAUUUUUUCAAUGUCCGCAACGGCUUUGGCUCCAGCAACGGCCACGAUCGCCACUGUUGUGCCUGCGACUGCGACGGUGGUCGACGACAGUGUUCCGCUGUACUGCAUUGUCGAAGGCACCCAGAAGAUUGAAGAUCACACGGAGUACGUGCUGCGCGUCCAGCGUGGGGCCAAACAAGGACAACUGCUGGCGCGUUGCAAAGCGCUACAGCGACUUUGACCUGCUUCACGAUCGCAUCCAGCCGCUCUUCCCCAGGAAGAAUCUCCCGCUUCCACCCAAGAAAGUGUUUGGCAACCUGACGCGAGAGUUUAUCGAAGAGCGCCGCCGAGGCUUGCAGGUCUAUAUGGAGGCAGUCAUGAGCUUCCCACCGCUCGCCACCCUGCAAGAAGUCAAGGCGUUCCUUGAUCCCAACAACUACAACAGGAGCUUUGAUGAGGAAGCUUUGCGCGAUGCUUCAAUGUUCCUUCGCUCCCAACCCACCUGGGCCAUUCGCGAACCUCUGCAUCGCAUGGGCUCCCGCAUUCGCAAGCAUUACUACUUGUUCUCUGGCCCAGGAAGUGACCGACAGCUGCUCGAAUGGGUCGACCAAACGCCAGAACUGCCGCUACCAACCGAUAAAAUUGCUGGCUUGUUCAAACAUGUAUACAUGGCCCUCAAGCACGUCACUUGCGUCUACCCAAUUUCCUUCAUCGACUAUCGAUCCGGAGCCCUUGUCAUUCGCGAUAUCUGCGCCAUGGGAUCGCUUAAGGAUCGUAUCUACAACUGCUCCAAACCUCGCAACCCAUUCAUGCUCAAGUACUUUGCGGAUGCUCGAGGCACGGAACUCAAUGAUGUUACGAUUCGGCGAUAUGGCCGCCAACUGCUGGAGGCUCUCAAAUUCCUCCAUUUGAAUAACAUCCCGUUCGGCCAUCUUCACUCUGGCAACAUUCUACUUGAUGGGGACGUCUGCAAGCUCACCGAUAUUGAAAACGGUCUUCUCGGCGUCCCUUCAAAGCAUCGACCACACCUGAUGCUGCUGCGCAAAAUCUCGUCCCUUCCCAUGGCAGACGUCUACUCUUUCGGACACGUUCUGUACGAAAUGUGCACGGGCUUUGAACUGUACGACCACAUCCUGCCACCCGAUUGGAAGCCAUUACCCAGCACGUCGCCGCAGCUCAAGGAGAUCAUCGAGUCCAUCCUGUCCGAGACUGCGUGCAAGAAUGGCACGCUGCCGACCGUGGAUCAGCUCAUUGAAAACCCUUACUUUGCCGAGGCGCCGGCUGCCUCGACCCUGGAUCGCACCCUCAUCAAAAUGCGCGAUUCCGUCAAGGAAGCCAUGCGCGUGGCAUGCAGCAACCUGGAUGCCAAGUUGGUCGAGGAGCAAAAGCGUGCCAGCCAGUACCGACGCCUGGAGCGAGAGGCCGAAAAGAAGCAGGAAGAAAAGGUCCAGGAGAUGUCCGCCGACCCCAAAGUUCGCAAAUCGCUGCGUCGCAAGAAGCUUGCCGAAGCCACGGCGGCCAACAAUGGUGAAACGGUCAGUUUCGCAGACCAGCUGAGCAGCUCUGGCUCGCUCUCGUCCAUCCCGUCGACGUCCUCCUCAUCGAGCUCACGCCCGGCUUCCGUCAGUCGGCAACCGUCCACCGUCACUGCUGCGUCCGCUCCCGCUCCCGUCUCAAGACAAGCGUCCGCGGCCAGCAUGCCUGCUGCGCCACCGCCACCGUCCGGCGCACCCGCUCCGCCUCCGCCGCCACCAGCCGGCAUGCCAGCUCCUCAGCCCGCUCGUGGUGCUCUCCUUUCAUCCAUUACUGGUUUCAACAAGUCUGGUCUUUCCAAGACCAAGACGAAUGACCGCAGUGCGCCCAAGGUUUAGAGGCCAGCAACCGUGUGACCCGGAGUUUGCGGAGAAACUAUUUUUUAAAACAUGGGAGUUUUGUGUCUUGUGUCGGUGUGCUUUGUGUUUGCGUGUCCAACGCUUUUCUUCUCGGACGAUUUUUGGUUCUUGUACCGGACCUCGGGACGGUAUGAAUGGAGCGGAUGAAGCGUCGAGGCGUCGUUGUCUAAUCGCAUUGGUGAUUGUUCUUUUCGGUUGUGUUUGUCGGCAGUUUGAUGAGUAAAAACUCGUUUAGUCUCAUCUUUUCCAACAGCUGGUUGACGCUCAGUUUGAUUGCUGAAUACAGG